UGUGGUCCUCCCACUUAACUGAAGCUCCCGAGUGCAGCUCAAGGAACAGGAACAGGUUUUUUUUUAAUGUGCCGAUGAAUGGGACUCAGUCGCGCAUCGGACCCCGAGCUUGACUCGAAGUGUGGCGCAUAAGCGGAGAAAAGGGCAGUCUUUUCUCUUCCACUCAGAUCCGACGUGGAAAAAGACGCAGCAAUGACAGAGCAGCAGUCGUGCGCAGCAGCAAAAUAGACCAACUAUUGUGACAACGGAAGAUUGAUAACACAACUGGAUGGGGGGGCGAGAGGAGCAGAUGUAAAUUUUUCGAACAUUGAAACUGGGCUGGUGCCAAUUGUGUACUGGAUGGGUUAUUAUUGCGUUCCCCUUUUCAUCAUUCAUUGCUUCCAACGCUUCCAGAUUACUUGGAGACCUCGGGCGGUCGUCUUCGAGGGAGUAUCGCUGCAGAGACCAACAGGGAAUGCCAUGUGUCGUUGCGCGACAUAGAGGCUCUUUGUGGGCUGUUUUGCACCGGGGACAGGUGGUGCCGAAUGUGUGUGUGAGUGCAUGAGUGUAUGUUGAGACAAGCAAGGGGUACGGGCACACAACCCCUAAAACAGUUGUCUUAUGGAUGUCAGACCGGUGUGUGGGAUCAGUUUUUGCCAGAGACAGGUGCGACAGGGAGGAGUUUACAAAGCUGUACACAGGAUCUGAUAACGCACUGACGAACCUCUCCUCUGAUCGCUUUCGGAUUUUUUUUGCAUCCAGUGGGACACACAGUUGACUCAUAUUAUUAUUUCCUCGGCGGCAGCUCUUUCUCCAAAUAAUCAGAGAAUCCGCAAUCGUGUUGCUAUGGCAGCAGUGGCUUCUCCCUCCUUUUUCCUGCUGUUUUGGCUGCUCCGAACAGCUAGCUUGUCAUUCCCAGAGGAACCAGGGCCCCUCAACUUCAUCCCAACUGAAGUUGUAAGAAGAUACCCAGUGUUCUUGGGCCGACCACACAGAACAUGGCUGAGACAAGAGCCUCUACACAUCCAGAGGAUCCUCCAGGUCAAUCGGACACUCUACAUUGGUGCCAGGGAUGACCUUUUCCGAGUGGAGUUGGACAUUGUUUCAGGAGAUGAAAUGUUUUACAGCAAAAAAAGAACAUGGGAGUCAAACAAGAAUGACAUCAGGAUCUGCAGGAUGAAGGGCAAACAUGAGGAUGAAUGCCGUAACUUCAUGAAGGUUCUGCUCAGCAGACAAGGAGGCCUGUUUUUGUGUGGGACCAAUGCUUUCAACCCCCUUUGUGCCAACUACACUGGAGACACUCUGGAGAUGAUAGGAGACCCUGUCAGUGGGAUGGCGAGAUGCCCUUAUGACCCCAAACAUGCCAACGUAGCUCUGUUUGCAGAGGGGAAUCUAUUUACAGCUACAGUGACAGACUUCCUGGCCAUUGAUGCAGUGAUCUACCGUAGCCUUGGGGACAGUCCUGCUCUGCGCACCGUCAAGCACGACUCCAAGUGGUUCAGAGAGCCAUACUUUGUCAGUGCUGUGGAGUGGGGACCACAUAUCUACUUCUUCUUCAGAGAGAUAGCCAUGGAGUUCAAUUACCUGGAGAAGGUGGUGGUGUCACGUGUUGCCCGAGUAUGCAAACGUGAUCAAGGCGGGUCACAACGAGUCCUGGAGAAGCAGUGGACGUCGUUUCUGAAGGCCCGUCUCAACUGCUCCAUACCCGGUGAUUCCCACUUCUACUUUAACCUGCUGCACUCCACCAGCCCCAUCAUCAGGAUGCACGGCAGGGACAUCAUCCUGGGCGUUUUCUCCACACCAGCUAACAGUAUUCCAGGUUCGGCGGUGUGUGCCUUUGACAUGGAACAGCUGGCUGCUGUGUUUGAUGGAAGGUUUAAGGAACAGAAAUCACCCGAGUCUAUUUGGACGCCUGUUCCAGAUGAAGUCAUCCCAAAGCCAAGACCUGGUGGCUGUGCUGUUCAAGGAUCCAAGUUUAAUUCCUCUAACUCUUUCCCUGAUGAGAUGCUAAACUUUGUCAAAACACAUCCUCUGAUGGAUGAAGCAGUGCCAUCACUCGGCCAGCGACCCUGGAUAGUCAGAACCAUGGUCAGGUACCAGCUGAAUAAAAUUGUGGUGGAUACAGAGGCUGGUCCUUAUCGAAACCGCACUCUCCUGUUCCUCGGGUCAAGCAGAGGGACCAUCCUCAAGUUUCUCAUUAUGCCAAACCAGGAUAACACAGUCACCGACAGCAACAUCUUCCUGGAGGAAUUGGAAGGAUUCAACCCUGAUAAGUGUGCUGAGAACUCUCCGCAGGCCAGGCAGCUGUUGUCUCUGACUCUGGACCGGGAGAGCCACACUCUGCUUCUCGCCUUUCCUUCCUGUGUGGUCAGAGUACCAGUGGCGCGCUGCCAGCUCUACUCCCGGUGCAUGAAGAACUGUAUCGCCUCCAGGGAUCCAUACUGUGGCUGGACCAGAGGAAGCACCUGCUCUUUCCUCAGACCUGGAACCAGACUGCCAUUCGAGCAAGAUGUUGAACAAGGAAACGUGGCCCACUUGGGUGACUGCGAUGGAAUGCUGUUCCAAGAGAGCUUCAUCGAGGAGCCUGACGGCCUUGUGUCUGUAAACCUGCUGGUGGUGUCUGCUGUUUCAGCAUUCUCAACAGGAGCAAUCCUCUCUGGUCUAACUGUCUGCUGGAUCAUGAGUCAUCGCCACCGCCACUCUCGUGGUUCUGGAGCCAAUGGUGUCCGCCGCAAAAGUGAUAAAGAGCAAAGCAUGCUUGGGCAGGGCCGCAGUGGUUCAGUAAUGAGCGUAACAAGAACAAGUGGAGGUGAAAGACGCCGUUCGCAGGCAGACAACCCCUUUGUGACACCCAAUGGUUGGCCUAAAGGAGAGAUGGAUCCAGGCUUGCUGCCUACUCCAGAGCAAACUCCCCUGCAGCAAAAACGGGCCAUGCGUCUCCCAGACACCGAGUGGGACCAAAGCCAAACCUUCCUCACUUCUUUGGGGACUCCCUGUCCUAACAAUGCUGUCAUCUACUUGAGCUCCAAGUUCUUGCAUGGUGGUGGAGGUGGUGGGGGUAUGGUCCGGAUAGAGGACCCAGGGGAAGUUGUGCUGCCCCCACACACAGAUCGCCAACGUUACCUGAUCCUUGCCAGUCAAAGAGGAGAGCACGGCGGCAGUCGUCCCACUGGCAACCUGAGGAACUCAGCCGGAGAAUACAUCUACCCUGCCACGCCACAGGAUUCACCUGACCGACGGAGGGUGGUUUCUGCUCCCACUCCACACAUGGACUAUGGGGAGCCUCGCUGGAGUCAUGAGGCGCUCAACUACAACAGCAACAAUGGUGUGACUUAUCACCCUCAGCGCCAGGGCCUCAUUAGGCCAGACAUGCAUGGGCCUCGAGGACUGGGUGACCUGACUGACAUCAGCCAUUUUCUGGGAAAGAACAUGGGAGAGCGCACUCCAAAUGGCCAGUGAGACAACAUAAGUGAGCCUUGACACCAAGCACUCUCUCAAACCCAUUCCCACCACCAGAAUACUGGAUUAAAUCAACCUGUCAGACUUAAUGUCCCGGUCCAACCUUACCCUGUCUGUCCUCUCUGUCAUUCAAUGUUCUGAUGUCAUUCAGCUGACUAAAGAGAGAGACAGAGAGAAAAGAAACAAAGAGAGUUUUUUUAAAAAAAAAAAAAAAAAAAAGAGGAAUAAACUCUCAAAUCAGAGAUGUUUCUCUGCUCAUAAUCUGCAGUGUGCCCCUCUGCUCUGUCCGUGGUGCCACCCACAGAUCAUAUCUUUGACACCAACAGACAUACAGACAGAUGACGAGAGGAGUGCAUACGAAAGAGGAAUCUUCUUAAAAAGGACAAUGUGAAGAUUAAAAAAAAAAAAAAAAGAAGAAGACAAUUUUGCUUGCAGCGCCAAAAGUGAAAGGUCUCACUCCACCAUUUUGUUCAGUGUUUUGACACUAUGGAUUUUCGAGAGUCAAAUCAAGUUUCUUGUUUGUUUUCUUCUGCCAGUGGCAUCCAGGGGACAAUAGCGUGCUUUACUUUGGACUUCAGGUGGGACCGAACUGUUGUAGCUGUGCCAGAAGGCAGUGAAUCAAACAAUCAUGCUGUGUGUACAUAUGAAUGUGUGUGGCCACAACAACCCCAACCAGCGUCCUGUCUUAACUGUGAAGUAUGGCUAUAUAAUGAAGUUGGUGAAAACAGUGUUUAUACAGAAGAGAGGUGAUUAUAUAUCAUGUCUACUUGAAGCUCCGUGUGUUUACCAAUCAAAGGUUUUAAUUAUUGACCAGUGGCUAGUGAGGGCUCAGGCUCACCCUGUACAGAGCCAUGAUGAAAUAAAAGAAAGCAAUAAUUAACAAGAAAAUAAAUUACUAUGAAUAUGAAGCCAAUUUAAUUAGCUAUUUUUAUAAGGUUAAGCUUCUCAGCAAAGUUAACUGAAGCUUAGAGAAGUCAGAUAAAGCAAAGCUCUGGGAAAAGGAACAGUAUCGCCUUUCCAUUCUUCUCUCCCUCGCCACCUCUCCGUAUGCCUGGGUCUGUCUGACCUGACCCGAGCCCUCCCUGGGCUCCACAGUGCAUUUGAAGAAGGGAAUGUGAGCUCUGGCUGUCUCGGCCGCUUGGGAGCUCCAUUCAACCUCCUCUGCCCGACACUGGGCCUCUUUGUGCCCUGGGAGCAGGAGGAGACUGCUGCAACAAAUAAGCAUUAAGAGUCAGGAACCCAGCCUGCCACCACAACCUAGCAGAAUAUCAAUAAGGAGGACAGCAGCUCCAUCCUAUCAAACAAGAUACACCAACCAGGCUUGAGCAUCUCUUAGUUCCUCAGCUCUGGCAAAUCGCAGGUUGACCAGAAAAGGGAGGAGCUGAGCACUGAAGCUGGGGUUGAAGCCAAUGUUGGGGCACAGAUAACUGUCACAAUAGUCAUCCCUGGUGGUUUUAUCCCUUUUCUCUCUUUCAGUGUGCUUCCCAACAAAAGCGGGAUAAAGAGAAAACAGAUGGGCAUGGGUAUACUUGGGUGUGGAGUUUCUCUUUCAUUUGGUUGUCUGAUCUUUUGAUGUUUUCUGUUUUUGUCUGCUCCCAUCCAUUCUUGAUUCAGAUGUAGAUAUGCUUAGCUUAAGUUCAUCUGGGUCAUGGUUUAGUAAAAGGUGCAUUUUGUGUGUGUGUGUGUGUGUGUGUGUGUGUGUGUGUGUGUGUGUGUGUGUGUGUGUGUGUGUGUGUGUGGGUGUGUGUGUGUGUGUGUGUGUGUGUGUAUGAGAGAGAGUCUCUUUGGACUGGUAUAAAUGAACGUGUUACUCAUAUUGAGUGCAAAAAAGCAGCUUUGAUCAGUUUUGCUUUUAUUCUCACACUUCUUUUCUAUUCAGCCUUUUUCUAUUUUCCAUUAGUGUGUAAAACUCACAAAUGCAUCAUAAUAGUGUUGGAUCCUAUGGUGGGAACAGUGUAUGAUGUACUGUACGUGGUGUGCUGAUCAAAUGAAGACGUUGGCUUUCAUUUAAAAUCAUAGACACUGUCAACAUGCAUAAGAAAUACACCUUUCAAUAAGGACACUUUAGGUCAUAAAGUGAAAUGUAGUGUAAAAUAAACUGUAGAUAUUUAUCCACAAAUCCCAUUUUUCCAUUUGAAGUAGCUAUAGUAAAUAUUUUUAUACUUGAAGUAUUGGUUUUCUGCAUUAAAAUUGGUGUGCAUUUAAACCAAACAUUCAGAAAAUCAGCCAAAAAAUGAAGUUAAUUUAAGCCCACUUCUAUGCUCUACUGUUAGGCAAUUAUUAAGGGUAGGUUUGUCAAGAUAAGCAGUAAAUGGUGCCAAUUCUCCAGGCAGAACUGUAAAAGUAGAAGGUUGUCAUGAAUAAAAAUAGAUAAAUUAGCAGGAUGAAAAACCUGGCAACAAAGACCACAUUAGAUGAUGGAAACUGAGACUUUUAAAUAACUAAUAUCACAGCCAAGUGCUCUUUUUAAAGUUCUGCUAACUGCCCUUUCGGCAUUUCUAGGUAGUGGAUGUCCUGCAUAUCAUCAUAUAUUCACUGAACUUGUUUAAAACUGCACUUGUUCACAUCGACCUUUGAUCAAUACACAAAUCUUUCUACAGCUAUCAAACUAAUGAAACCUUUUGCAACAUUUCAAGAUUAGCCCCUUUUCUGUGUUUGUGCAGUUUUAGAAUUUUGUGCAUAAAAGAGCUGAAUGGAAAUGCUACAAGUGGAUCAGCUACUGGGGCAAUCACGUUGAUUAGCUGCUAAUUUUGAGCUGCAUUCUCCAUUUCUUCCUCUUCCUGUAUAACUGUUUUUAUAACCCAAUUAACUAGAAACCUUAAAUUUGGUUCAAUUAAAAAUGAUCUCUUUUUGUGAAUGGUUGUAAAAAUCUACAAAUAUGUAUAAAAUAUUUUUUGUCUGACAGGUGAUUAAACAAUAUACAAACUUGAUGCAGAAAGCUUCGAUCCAACCAUCGAGUUUGACAUUUAAGCCUUUUUGCGCUGAGGUAACAUCACAAAUCACAGCCCACAAUUCAGAAUCAGUACCAUGUAUUUUCUAGUAAAAAACUGCCAAUGCCAAAGCUGUGAACCUGAGACAGGAUACUGCAAGUAAAAUGCCUCCAUUUCUUCAAGAUAUAAUGAAAACCAGCAGAAAGAAGCUGCUUUGUAGAAGGUCAGUCUCAAUUUUUACUGUGUUAAUGACAUCUGAAGUUUGGUUUCUUAAGCUGUCUGCAUGCAGGUCAAUUUUUAAAAGACACAAAGGUAGAACUGGCUCUGCACCGACUUGAGAAUAAAGAUUGAUCUCAGUUUGUUAGUCAUACACAAGCUGCUAUACAAGACCUUGCCCUAAAUCUGUCAACAUUUAGGUGUAAAUCUUUACUCUGAUCAGAGAAAUGCAAAUGCAAAGAUAUCCAAUACCAGCUGACAAUUUUCAAUAAAGUGUUGCACAUUUCUGCUGAGGCUUAAUACACAGCCCCAAUAAAUAUACAGCCAGCGCUAUAUAAUAAAUGAGACAAGCCUGUGAAAGAGAUUUAUAAAAGCAAGGACAGAGGAGGAGGUCAGGCAGGCGAACGUGAUGUUACUGCAUUACUGCCUCGCAACGUUAGUACAGUGUAUUCUUUACACAUUCCACCCUGAAACAGGUCAUUAGUAUUGAGUAUAUGAAGCGCUCCACAAGAAAAACCCCUCAUCUCUAUCCUGUGUCCCCAUCUUUGUCAUGGCCUGCGUGUUUCUGUGUGUGAUUUUCUCUAUCUUGGCCUGCGUACCCACCCAGCCGUGUCCUCGCUCUGCAUCUCCUCUGGUGUUUCACUAAACAUGCUUGAUUAGGCAAAGUACAUGCCUGGCCGUCUAAUGGCCUGAUGGGCCCCUGAGAAGAUUACCACAGACACAUCAGCCCUGACAGAGAUCUACUCAUUCAAGCAGCUCUUUUUGACCCUUUGCUUAACAAAAGACACACAUACACACACAUGCAUGGUUGCACACAAAGCAGGCCAUUUAACCAAUUGGUAACAUAAUUGAAUUAAGAAUAGAAAUGGGGCUGAAGCCUGACCUAGGCAGGCUCUGACUAGUUCAAGUAAAGGUACCGCACAUCAUGAUGUUAUCUUCCUGACUGCACACUUUAAUUACCUUAGUUCAACAUUACAGAGCAGCUAAAAAAUUCAGUUGUGACCUCUUGGAAGCAAUUGUGUUUAUUAAAACCAUCAUCCUCCCUCUUCUUUACAUACUUCAUGUCAUUCCUGUUCCUCCUCUUUCAACAGCUGCACUUUGUCCACUUCUUUUUUAAGCCUCUUUUCUAGUGAGUAGUCUAAUACUAAAUCUACUAAAGGAAAGUCGAUGCUGUGUUGUUUGUCACUGUUAAAGGUUAACUUAAUGAGUCAGAAACCGAAAUCAAAGUAACCCCCACUUUAAUUCGCAUUAAAUCUUUAUUGCCGAACAGUUUUUUAGACAUUUCCGGAGCCUCUCAUGCGGUAAAUUGCUUUCCUCCUGCUUGGAAGUGAUUUUGUUUGGAGGUUUUUUAUUUUAUUUAAUUUUUUUUUAUUUUUUUUGUUAAAUGUAGCAUAUAUUGCCUCCAGUCCUGCAUGCAAACACAAAAACACACGUUCUUCAGCUUUAUCUCUGUCUUGCACGUGUUGUCGUACACAUGCACAAAAUUCCCACCCAGCCUUUGUGACCCACUAUGAUUUUAUUUGUGACGUUGUGUCUGUGUUGUUCGCUGAACAGACCAUGCCUUUAUGUUUUGGGGUUGUUUGUGCCGUGUCACCCUGCAGUGUGUGCCCCCAGCCAAUAACUGCCAUUUUACCCCACAGCGCUCCACUGUAUUAUAUGAGCUCUAUGCCCUAGAAAGAGACCAGAGAUUGGGACUAACUUGUGCUGAACCCAACCUACAGGGAAGCCAUGACACGAAACUGCUACCCUUCACUCCAAUUCAUGAAAGGAAUAAGCACAAAAAAGCUUCAAAUCAACAUUUGCAUUUUUGUAAAAUUGUAGAUGUAUUUAGUCAGAACAGCUCAUUUUUGUCAUAUUUGUUUUUUUCUAUUGUUUGUUUCUGUGGUAGAUAUUUGGUUUAAAACUUAUGUGGGAUAUUGCUGUAUAUGAUUUCAAUUUUAAUUCUCUGGUGUGCUGAAUUUGAUGAUGACAAUGACGUUGAACUUGUUGACUAUCAUGAUUAUUGUUACUAUGAAGAAGUACUGUGAGCACCGAAGUGUUGUGUCCUAUGUGGACACAGAAUCUGAAAGAAAGAGCAAGUAGAGUGAAUUAACCCCUGAAGACUGAGCUAGAAAAUUCAGACUGGAGUCUCCUGCUACUAUGAAGAGCCUCGUUCUCCUGUGGCUCUCACCAAAGGCUGGCUCCCAGUCAGCCCAGGGGGCCUCAGGGCAGGCUGUCAUCAGAUGACAACACAUGGCUCUGCUACGUGUACAUAACCUUAAUGCUUACAUGUAAUUUCAGUGCAGUAGCUGCAUGACAACACAGCUUCUGUGUGUGUACAGAAGUAGCAAUGUGUGAAUUUGUACAGUACAUGCAAGUGUGUGUGCUUGUGUCUGCAAAGAAAUCUGUCAUUUGUCACGCAAAAACAACACUUGCAUGCACCCUCUGACAACUGCACAGUUAACACAUACACACAGUGAAUACACACACACUCGCACACAGACACACUCCAGCAGUUGUUCAUCAUUCUCCACAAUGUCCUGAGCUCUGCCUGUCACUCCGCAUGGAGACUUUGCUCUGUGUCAACUUUCUUAUUCUAAUAAACCACUCAGACAUUCA